GGUACCAUCUCUCAUGCAUGAGGCCAUCACUUGCUAAUGCAGGCAUGGCAAAAGAAUAUAAAUGCCCUUUCUGCCUUUAUAUUAAGACGAGCUAUUUCUAAGAAUGGCAGGCAUCCUUUGAUAUCUAGGGAAACACACCCUGAACUAAAGAUGUUCAACGAACUUCUGUGUGAUGCUAGGGAUUUUUAUGCAGGGAUUACAGAAACAGAUAUAGUACGAGAUAUUGUGGAUCAAGCUUUGUUAUGCAAGUCCCACAUAACUGACAUAGUGAAUCGUGUGCUUGCAUAUGUCAACAAAGAUCUUAGUUUCAUGUCUGAAAAUCUUUUGAUUGUUUUGAAGGUAGUAUUUAUUUUUCGCCAACCUUUGUUUCUAUUACUUCAAUUUUGCCUCAGUUAGAUUUUGUCCCUGAUUAUUUUAAGAUAUUAGGCUACAUACAAUCCAAGGGAGUUUUUCUCAGUAACAAGUUUUGGGAUCAUGCGCCUUUUUUUUUUUCAUGCACUCACUCACCCCACACAUGCAUGUGUACUUACACCACAAUGGGUGCUCGAACGCAUAACCUCAUAUUGAAACUCUUGUGAGUCCACCACUGAGCCAUAAGGCCGUAGGCGGAUCACACACCUUCAUAUAAAAAUGAUUGUAUGUUUUGUUGUCACUGCCUCACCUGAAGAUUGCAGCCAAUAUGAGUAACUAUUCCAUUUAUAGUGCAUGUUGGUGUUAUUCUUUCUUCAUAUCUAUGUUAGUCUGGUGUGUAUACGAGUCUUGGGUACUGGUAUGGAACAGGUGUUGGACUCACUUUAACCCUUGAAUCUCAUGGUUGGGGACAUGAUUGUCUAUACUACUAUAGAGAGUUUCCACACCAUUUUACUUCCCAACUUUUUCCCUAUUCAUAGUUGUUAUUUUCAAUUUUAUCCCUAUCAGAAUACACGUAUUACACAACUUGCAUAAAUAUUUGAUAGUUCAUAUUAAGCUUUUCUAUGAUCACACGCAUGUACAAGGCAGCUUAUCUACAUGCUUCUAUGUGUACUGGGUUGGCACCCAAACAAUUAGAUCCAUUCCUGUCAUCAAGUUGGCCAUACCCAAUUAGA